AUGUGUUUGUAUGUGGAAAGAGUGAAUGAACUGGAAAAAGCAUUGGAUGGACUUGUUGACGACUGGAAAGAUGAAUUGGAUCCACGAGUUCCUGAUAAAGAUGCAUGGAUACCGGAAGAAGAAGCGGAGGAAUUUCGGAAAAUCAUGGAACAAGCAAAACGUGAAAGAAGGCAUAACAUUUACAGAAUAUUCAACAAAGAGAAAUCAAUUCAUUGCUAA